AUGAAAAUUUCUAAAGGGCUUAGGUUCAUUUUAUUUAUGAUCCUGAGCACAGCUUUUAAUUGCUACUCUGAAAUGCAGUAGCUAAUUGAUAGGACAAUUAUUGGAGAUUGCUCUUCAUAGUAAGAAUAAAGAUAUUAGUAUAAUGUCUAAUUAACUGAUAAUUAACAACCCUAUUCAUUAUCAUUUUUUGUCAACUUGUAAAAUUAGUAAUCUAUUCCAAAAUAUAAUAUUUUAUAAGUAGCUAGCAAUACUUAUAUGUGGAAUCUUUAAGUUAAUAGCCUCUCAAAUUAUUUAGAAAUAGUAACUUCUACUAGCUUAUCUCUUCAAUCACCUUUAAACAUUUAAGUAAAUAGUUUAUACUCUAGUUGGAUUUCUGUUUAAGUUUCUGUAUCUCUUACAGGAAUAUCACUUAGAGUAUAAUCUACAAGAGAUUAGCAAUAAGAAAUAACUCAGCAAUUCAUCACAUCACUUUCCUAGCACCCUCUGGCAUUUACUGUCUCUAUAGCUAACUAUUUAUAUAAUUCUGCAUAUUCAUUUUGUGGGUAGAUUUAAACCCUAAAGUUCUACAAGAAUAUACAUAUAAGUAAUUUAGUUAGUCAAAAGUCAAAACAAUCUUUUGCAAUUUCAGAUUAGUCAGAAAAGGUAGCUGAGUAUUUGUUUGAUGAAAUUCAACAAAGCAAUACAAUUUCAUACCCAUAUGACCCUAUGAUGCUCAUAAGAGACUAUUCUGCUUGGUAGAACGAUAUAGAUUUAACAAAUAUAAGCAUAGCUGUUGCAUCAAGAGAUACAUCUACUACAUCACUAAUUAUUCAUAAAGAUGGAGAAGUUCCUCUUCCUAGCUUUUAAAUUAAUAGCUUAUUUUAACCUUCAUACACUAUUGCUAUUAGGUUUAUGGCUACUUUAGCUAAUAAUCCUAUCCUUUUGUAAAGAGUUAAUAAUCAAGGUCAAUACACAAUAUCAAUAUAAGCUUAAGGACUUGAUGUAUAAUUUUGCUAAAAGACAAAUGAGUGCACAACUUUUACAGGAGUGUUAGUUGGUGAUAACACCCUUCAAUUAUUAGUUUUUACUGUUGAAACAAGUUUUUCUUAAAAUGUUGUCACACUUUACACAAAUGGUAAUUCUUUAAGUUAACAAAUAGUAAAUCUUGAUCCAUAAUUUAUGACUGAGUCUUACUCUGAUCAAUUUUAUUUUGGGUCAAAACUGAAUAGCCAAGCAAAUGAUCCAACAGCAUUCAUAAAUAGACUUUUAAUUAUGAAAUCAACUAAUGCUUUGUAAGGCCCUGAUGCUAGUGCAGUAGUAGACAAUUGCUAAUUAAGCAUUGGAAAUAAUCCGUUUAUUUGUCUAACUUGUAAUACAGGUUAUUAUCUGUAUAAUGGAACAUGCUUAACUUCUGCUUAAUGCAUAUCAAUAGGAAGAAAUCCUACACAAGAUUUCUACUGCGCCAAGGCAUGUAAUUCGCAAUGUUUAACUUGUUUGGCUAAUAAUCCAAACUAAUGCAUAACUUGUUCUGCCAACAGGAUAAAUCCUCCCCUUUGUUAAUGCCCAUUUAAUACAAUUAACCAUCCUCAUAUAGAUUACUGCUAAUAAUAUACAAAAAACAGAGAAGUUGACAUUUAAGAAAUAACUGUAUCAAGUUCUGGAGUUUAAACAGUUUACUUUUCUAAAGCUUUCCAAACAACUCCUUAAGUUGCUAUCUUUUUACAAAGCAUUCAAACAAGUACGGGAGUGAACAAUAACUAAUUGUUAUAUAGCUUUUCAUAAGUAUAGAUAUCUAAUAUUAACACUUCUUCAUUUUAGUUGCAGAUAAAUGACUUUUCAAACUUAAAUAUAGCAAGCUUGAAUUAUAAAUUCAUAGCUAGUGUUGAUACAAAUAAUUUACAAAUAUCAAGCUUGACUAUAAAUUAAAGUAAUCUAUCUCAGUUCUUAAGUAGCCUAAAUACAUUAAGUAUUAAUGUUACAUCGGUUUUUAGUUCUCAAAUCCAAUCUCUUUCUAGCUCUCUGUUAAAUUUGGAAAUCCUCUUUGGAAUAGCAGGAUUUUAAUCAUUCGCCCAAACAGAAAUAUUGCCUUGGAUUAGGUUAUCAUUAGAUAACAAUUUAAAUAUAGUUGGAAGCAUAUAGUAGAAUAAAAUUAAAAGCUUAACGAUAAGUUUGGUAUUUGUGAAAAAAGAUUCUCACUAUCCCAAUAUUAGGAAUUUUAAUGUAAAUAAUUUUGGGUUCUAACCUGUUAGUAAUCCCACACAAGUUUUUUAAAGCUAAACAGACAAUUUUAUAGCAUAAAGCAAUGUUCAAUACCCAUUUAUCUCAAGUAUUAUAGAUUUAGAAAUGAAAAAUGAUUAUAGUUUCUAACUGUGGACAAGCUAUAAUAUAAUUUAGAAUUAAAAAUAUUAUUCUUAAAACAUAAUUACUACUCCCUCUGCCAUUUUAUACCAAAAUUAUUUUUCAGCUUUAACAUUCUAUUUAGCAAAAAGAUGUAAUCAAAAUUGUUAAAUAUGUUUUAUUGAUGGUAAAACUUGCUUGAGUUAUAAAAUAAUAGAAAACUAAUGUUUCAAUACAUAGACUUAGUAAUAUCAAGAUCUCUUUACUCUCCCUUAAAGUGAGCAAUGUUCUGAUAUUAAUGGAGUCUGCUAAGCAACAAAUUCAGGAGUAUGCUUUAUUUGUUCAUCAUUAUCAACUUUAAUAGGCACAGGAAAUUGUAUCUAAGUAAUAAAAGAUAUUUCUGUUUCAAGCUAAGACUUAAUACCUACAUAUUAUUAAUCUGCUUAAAUAUCUUAAUAAUCACAAGGAUGCUCCUACACUAUAAAUAAUUAAUGCUCUUAGUGUAACUUUGGAUAUAUAUUUAUCUCCAACAAAUGUGUAAGAUGUCCUUUGUACAAUGAUUAGUCAUUAAGUUUUUGCGGAUAAGUGACUAACAACUGUAAUUAAGUAUGCUUUGAUUGCCUUUAAAUAUCUCCUUUGAUUAAUAUUCCUUAACAAUUUUACUCAAACGCUUUUACUUGCACAAAAUUAGUAGACCUCCAUAAUUACUCAAUAACACUUCCUUCUAAUUAAAGUAGCUUUUACAUUGAUUAAAGCACUUUAGAUAUAAAGUAAAAUGCUUACUAAUGUUUUCAAAAUUGUUAAUAGUGCAUAAAUAGUUCGACUUGUAUUAAUUGCAAUCAAGGAUACACUUUAUCAUUAGAUUCUUAAUCUUGCAUCCCCUGUUCUUCUCUUCAUUAAAUGUGCACAUAAUGCUUUUAUGGUGCUCUCAUUAAUGAUUAAACUUUUAUAUAUUCACAAAAUAAUAUAAGUUUACUCUCUCCACAAUAAAUGUAACUACUUUAAUUAAGGUGUUCUUCUGUUUAGCCUGGGUAUUACAUAACUUCAGAUCUUCUUAAAGUGAAUUAAUGCCCUUCGCCAGAUACUUGCAAAGAAUGCGUUUUAGGAUGGUACAAUAGUUUUACAGGAGGUGGCUAGUAAAUAAUUUAUAAUUCUCAACAAUCUAGUUAAUUUUAGAUUAGGUGCAGUUUAUGCAAAGAUCCUAUUAACAUGAUUUUAAACGUAGAUGGUACAAGUUGCAUAUAAAGUAAAAUUAAUAAUUGUAAUAUUUAAGGUUUUGGUACAGUUUAGCAGCUGUUAAUAGAUUAAAUUUGGUAUAGCUUAAAUAAUAUCCAACCAUCUAGCUUGAAUUUUUAUUGCUACGAAUGUAAUACAGGGUACACCCUUUCUGCUGAUAAACAAUAAUGCAUAUAGGGAUGUAGUGCUAAUUUUUGUAAUUCCUGUUUUAUGGAUAGUAAUAGUAAUGUUUAUUGCAAUAAAUGUUAAAACAAUUACUUAUUAGAUACUUAAACAAAUACUUGUUCAAUUGAAAUGACCUGCUAGAAUUAAAUAUAAUAUUGCAAUUCUUGUUUUAAGUAUGGUAUUUAAAAUAGCAAUUACAGUUCAAAUUAAGUACUUCCUAUUUCAUUAUGCAAUUCAUGCACAACAUCUACAGUAUCAAUAAGCUGCCCUUAAAAUUGUUUAAGUUGUGAUUCUUAUUCUUCUUAAUGUAUAUAAUGUAUGCCAAAUUACUAACUAGAUUUGAUGGGUAAUUGCUAAUAGGCAAACUCUUUAUUCUCAUCUUAAGUUUCUGGACAAUAGCUUUCAAAUUUAAUAAGAACUGUAAAUUAUGUAAGUUCGUUUGAUAGGUGCUAGUCUUGUCCCUUAAAUUGUAUAUCAUGCUAUCAAGGGGAUAAAUAUUUUAAUGUAUAGAAUUACCUUUAAAAUAUAAAGUAUUCACAAACCUUAACUUUAGACAGUAAAAUAAAUCUAUAAAAUUUAUAUGGAAGUAGAUUGAUAUGUUUGAAAUGUCAAAGCGGAUACAUUAUUAAUUCUCAGGGAUUUUGCUAAUAAUCAUGUGGUUCAAUGUGUAAUUCUUGUGAUUCUAAUAUGAAUUGCAUAUAAUGCUCAACAAACCUCAAACUAACUAAUUAAUAACAAUCAAUAAUGUAGUUAUUAAUAGUAAAUUUUUAUCCAAGUCUCACAAUCAAUAACUUUUUAUAACCUACUGGAAAUAAUUGCUAAAUAAGUCAUCCCAUAUGCUAGAUUUCAGCAGCAAUUAGUAUGGAUUAAUCGUUCUCAACAAAUAUUUACUCAUAGCUUUACUAAAAUGGAUGCUUAAAGUGUUCUUAAAAUUUAGUUUCAUCUAUUUAUGGAGUUAAUUCAUAAACAGUAUAUAAUAGUAAUUUAAGAAGAUGCACCACUUGCCAUAAGACAAAUGGAUGCAUAAGAACAUUUACAAAAACUACUUAUUUUACCUGCCAAAGUUAGAAAAACAGUAUAACUUAGGAUGGGUCAAAAUAAAAUCCUUACAGCUUAGAUAAGUUAAAUUCUUAAGGAGAUAUUUUUUACCCUAAUAUACUUGAUUUAACUUAACAAAUACUAUAUCUGCUCGAAUUAGGAAUAGAAGAAAUGGAAAUUGAUAUCAUAUUAAUUAGCACCUUAUAUCAAGGUUAAAGUAAUUGUGUCUUAGAAGGAAGCGUUACGAUAAAUACCAAUUUACUUGAAUAGGUUCUCGGAUUGAAAAAGCUCACUCUUAACUUAAAAAGCGAUGAUCCUAAUAACAGCUUUAUUUUUAAUUUAAAUAGCAAUGAAAACUUAAAAAUAUAAGGUUUUACUGAUGUUAAUAUUCAGAAUUUGUAAUUUAUGAGCAGCUUAUAAGUAAUAAAAUAAUCCCAAAUAAGCUUAAAUACAGGAGUGAACUUAAGCAUUAGUAAUUGCAAUUUUACUAAUACCUAAACUUUUAUUUAGAUAGGAGGUCAGUUUUCUUAGGUUUAACUCCUUUCUUGUAUAUUUACAAGCGUAGAACUAGUAAAAGAUAAUAGCCUGAUAGAUAUUCUUCCCAGUAUAUCUUUGCCUGAUAGCUUUCCACACUUAAGUAUCAACAUCGCUUAAUCAUAGAUAAUUCAAUCCAGCUUUUUAUCAAAUGGGUUACUCAACAUCAUCUCCCCUAAUUUCAAAGUUUAAAUUACGUUAAAUUAGUUAACAAUUUUAAAUAGUAUUUUUGGAGCUUCCUCGUACUUGAUUUCUUCAGAAUAAUAAAGCUCUCAGCCUAAUAAAAGCAUUUAAAUGAGUAUAAACAACCUAAAUUUUACUAAUAAUUAGAUUUCCUCUUACCAACCAACUUUGUUUUAUAUUCAAGAUGCUACUAAUAUUUAAAUAAAGGAUUUUACAAUUCAGAAUUGCAAUAUCAUUUAACUUUUUAAUUAAACUAGCAGCUUAAUAGCGUCUUCAUUAUUAUCAAUUAAUGGAGGAACUAUAUCAAAUUUUUAUUUAAUUAACAAUACAAUCUCUUAUACAAAAAUAUUGCAAUCAGCUUCAAUUUAAUCAGGAUAAUAAUAUCAAGCUGCUUAAAGUAAUAAUCAAUAAAAAAUCAUAUACAUCAUGCAAUUGAGCAACAUUUAAUUUUAUAAUAAUACAAUCAUAUCAUCUCCUUCUUAAGGUGUCAACUUUUAUUUAGCAUAGUUUGGAAAUAUUUAACAAUAACAUCUUCAACUUGAAGUCUAAAUAUAAAAUUUGAAUGUAACACAAAACUUUUUCUAGUACACUUUGAUACAAACUACAAGUAAUACUAACAAAAGAAAUCUUCAAUUAUAAAAUGAUAUUGGCAAAUCAAUUGAAGAAAUAUAAAUGUAUUAAUAGUAAAAAUAAGUAAGAACUCUUUAGACAGUAGAUCAGUACACAUAGUCUUACCCAUUUCAAAACGAGAAUAGCCUGAUUAUGGUCCAAUCAAUAUACCUAUUCAACUUAACAUAAACUUAAAUAUAAGAAACUCCCUAAAUUAAAUUAUUGAUAGCUGAUUAAAUUUUCCAAUUAAUAAUUAGUAUGUUAAGUAUUUCUUCAGCAGCAUUAUAAUAAUAUCCUGGAUUGCUUAAGAUUUCUUCUAUCUACAGCAACUUCAACUUUUAAAACUUUAAUAUUAGCAAUGUUUAUUCAUAAAAAUCAAUAAUUUAAAUUGAUCAAAAAGAUAUUUAUGUUGAUUCAAAAAACAUACAAAAUUAUCUUCCAAAUGGAAUACAAAUCACUGGUAUUUAAUUUUAGUAAAUAAAAUUCAACUUAUUGACAUAUGGGUCCGUAGUAUCAGCCAUAUAAUUUGAAGAUAUUAAUCAAUCUAUGCUUAAUAUGACUAACAUAAUUAUCAAUUCAACAUCUAUUGAUCAACCAUCAUUCGUUCCUAAUUAAAUUUUAUCUAAUGGGUUACUUAUAUAAUCUUAAUCUAGUACAGUCAUAUUAAACCAUGGACAAAUACUAAAUUCGUAAACAUUUGUAGGUUCAAAUGGGAUGUACAUAAGUGCGAAGGUCAUUCAAAUACAAAAUUCAGCAUUUGCCAAUGCAAAUUAAAACAUAAACAAUUUAAGCUAAAUAAUAGUUUAGGGGGGAUUUGGAACUCUUUAAGCAUAUUCAUAGCUUAUGAUUUAAGGAACAACUUUCACUUAAUCCUUCGCAAAUUAUGGUGGAGCUCUUUAUAUAAUAGCUCAAUAAGGUUGCUAAGUAAAUAUUUAAGGUUCUACAUUUGCUAAUAACUAAUGUGCAUAAAAUGGAGGAGCUAUUUACUUUUUAUCUCAAACUAUUAAUAAUUCCUUUACAGUUGGUGGAAAUAGCGUUUUUUAGAGCUGUUAAGCUGGUUUUUUUGGCGGUUGCUUGUACUUCGAUGUUAUUUCUUUAACAUAAAUAACGAUUUCAUAAUCUACAAUAUCUUCCUCUUAAGCAAGAAACUUUGAUGUUUUGUCUCUAUAGCCUUAAGGCCAGUCAUGUAGUUUGAAGAUGGAUGGAGUAAUUAUUAAUGGAUAAAAUAGCUCAAAUAAAAUAGCAAUUUAAGCAACAAAUUUAAUCAAUAUAGAUGUGAAUAAUGUAUAAGCUAACUUACUUUACUAGUAAAUAUUAUACUUUGAAUAGAUAACAACUGUAACAAUUACCAAUAGCGUAUUUGGUAAUAGCUAAUUUUACUAAAAAGUGAUAAUAGAUAUUGAAAACUGUAAUACGCUGCAUUUAAAUAACACAUCCUUGAGCUAAUCAACUUAUACAAAUGGGUAUAAAUUGAAAAGUUUAUACAUAUUUGCUAAUAUUUAAGAUAUUUCUGUUUUUAAUUUGGUAUGUGCGUAGUAAUUUUGUUUAACUUGCUACACUGGAAUAAUAUUCUUUUAAUAUUCUAACUCACUUAGUAUAUCAAAUAGCACUUUUACCAACAAUACAGCAUUCUUUGGAGGUGCAAUUUAUAUUCACCAUAACAUAGUUUCUAGUACUGACUUGCUUAAAAAUUAUCAGCUUAAUUUAAAUAAAAUAUAGCAUACCAAUUUUACUAAUAAUACUGCAUCUUAUUGGGGUGGUGCAAUAUAUUUAGAAAAGGUGAACUAAAUGUAAUUUUAUAAUAAUAUAUUCUAGUUGAAUUAGGCUAUGCAAGGAGCAGGUAUAUACAACGCCAAUCCAUAGCAUCAUUUCAACAUUUUAUUAAGGAAAAAUAGCUUUAUUUAGAAUUUAGCAACAUAAGUAGGAGCUGCUAUUUAUUCACAAUUUUGUAUUAUAUACAGCUAGGCAUAUCCAAGUUCUAGUCUAUUUGUAAAUUUGACAGAUUACAAUUACUAUAGUUAUAUUACUCAGACAUUUACAGGUUUUACUAACACUUUUAGUAAUAAUUCAGCAUUGAUGUAUGGAAACAAUAUUUACACUUUUCCAUAAUAUAUUCGUUAUUUAUAUGCAGAAACUCAAAGUAUAAUUGAUUUUUCAGAUAAAUCACCUAUUAAAAGAAUCUAGGUUUCAAGUGGCCAACCACUUUCACAGUUGUAUAUAAUAUUUGUUGAUGAAGAUUAUAGAAUUAUUAAUAAAAUUUUCAGCAUUUCUAGUAAUUCUACCUACUUGUAGAUUUAACUUUAAAUAAAAGAUAAUGGAUUUAAUUUAGAAAAUAAUAUGGUAACUUUUUCAAAUUAAACUGGAUAUUUUGAUGGCUCCAAUUCAGUUUUAAAUGCUUAAUAACUCAAUUAAACUACUUCAAUAAUUUGUUAAUCUUCCUUAAUCUAACAAAAUCCUCUCUCUUCAUAAAUUCCUUUCGAAAUACCAAUUUAAUUUAACUAAUGUAAUUAAGGAGAGGAGCUCAUUAUAAAUGAUGAAGGAUGGCAGACUUGUUCGUAAUGUCUUGAAGGGUUUUAUUCUUUAGUUUAAUCAUAAAAGUGUAAAUUUUGCAUUUAUUUAGAUGGCUCAACCGAAUAAACAGUAUGUCCUGGAGGCAGCACUAUCCUACUUCCACCAGGGUACUGGAGGUCAGAUAAUUAGUCAGAAUAAAUAGUUGAAUGUAUAAAUAAUCCAGCUAAUUGUAUUGGUAACAGAUAAUAAGAUAUUUCAUCUAGAGAUUCAAGUUUCCCAAUUCCUUAAUCAUCAAUGAUUGAUAUUAAUAAUUUUUAUUGCGAUGAAGGUUGUUACGGAGCUUUAUGCUAAGUUUGCGAUAUUAAAGGAUAAAUUUGGGGAGUUUCAUACUCUAAUUAUUAAGAAUUUUCUUGUUUUAAAUGUAGUAAUGCUGGCAUACUAUCAUUUAAAUUGAUUUGGUCCAUAUUAUUAUUUGUUUUUCUUCUUCUUUUGAGCGCAAAAAGUGCAUAUUUAGUAUUCUCUAAUGGAGUAUUCUCUCAUGUUAUGAUUAAGAGUGUAUUUUUGCAAGGAGAAUCAAAAGAAGCUGUUCAUGCAAUAAAAUCAUUCAAUCCUUCAGGAAUAUAUCUCAAAAUGAUAAUGAACUAUCUUUAAGUUAUUAGUGUAUUACUAAAUUUCUAGAUUUCUCUUCCUAAUUCUGUAUCAAAUAUGAACAUAAAUAUUUAUAACCCAUUUAGCGGAAUGGGUAAUACCUGGGAUUGUGUAAUUAAAAUAUUUUAGCCAGUAAUGCCAUUUAACUAUUUUAGAGUUCUUUGGUUUGUAAUAGCUCCUCUCAUAUUAAUAGUCAUUUUUAUUGGAAUAUAUUACAUAUUAUAAAAAUAUAAUAUGAUGAAAUACAAGAUCACCAUAGUUUAUUCCAUACUAUGCUACCUCUUCCUUUACGUUUAACCACCAAUUGUUAGCUCUCUUCUUUCAUAGAUUGCAUGUAUAAAUAUUGCUGGGUAGAGUUAUAUCAAAGGAAGUACUGAUAGAAUUUGCUAUGAUGAUGAUUACUAUUAUUAUGGAGUAUUCUUAAUAGCACCAUUUCUCAUUAUUUGGAUUAUUCUUCUACCUGGGGUUUUAUUUAUAAAGUUAUAUAUGAUCAGAAGAAAACUUUAUUAUAUCAGAUCUAAAAUAAUUCUGGGUUUCUUUUAUUCAGAUUAUAAAACAAAGUUUUUUUAUUGGGAAAUCUUUAGAAUGGGUUAUCGUAUUUUAAUUAUAGCAACUGAAAAUAUUCUUUAUGAAAAGAUUCAUGAAAAAGCCAUGAUUUUGGUCUUGAUAGUAUACUUUUACCAGAGAAUUCAUAAAAAGUAUAACCCUUAUCUGACUCAAGAUUUAAAUAGAUUAGAAAAGAAAAUAACCUAAGUUAUAUUAAUUAGCUUUAUUUUAGGUAGAUUGGCUUAUAGUAAUCCUUACCCUACUAUUUAAUAUAUGUGUCUGAUUGUGCUAGUUUUAAUUAACUUUUGGCUAUUUUUGUAUUUGAUUAGAAGAUUAAUUUAGUCGUACUCGAAAUAGUUAGAAUUAAUGAUUUCUUACAUAAAGGUUUAAAUAUUUAGGAGACUUCCAAAAGUUGGAAAGUUUUUUAAGCUUAGUGGCAUAUCAAUAAUAUAAUCUUAGAAUUUAUGGAAGAAAGUAUAAAAUUAUGUAUGGGAUUUCUUUGAAAGAAAGGAGAAAGAUAAAACAGUUAAGCUAUUUGAUUAAACUCUAUACGUUAAGUAUGAUGAAGAAUAAUAAGAAAAUAAUGAGCCUUUAAUAAUCAAGCAAAAGCGUUAAUGGGAAGAAUCACAAAGGAAAUAUUUGCUUUAAAAGCAGGAAGAGAGAAGUAAAUAAAUGAACAGUUCAUACUUUAACUAAAAUCAAUGCGCAGAUAGCAUAUUAUAAAUCGAUGCACAGUCUAUCAAUAACACUAAUAUUAGUCCAUUGAUAUCUAACUUUAAUACACCAAGGUAAGAAGAUAAAUUACUUAUGGAUUAAACAUAAGUAUCUUAAGUUUCUAUUUUCAACUUGAUGCAUCAGACAAAUGAACUAUCUAAGAGAGAAAAUGUGAAAGAAACUAAAGAAUAAAAGACUAAUUUUAGAAAAGAAUCAAAAGAAGAAGAUAUUAGCUUUUCAUAAGAAAGUGAAAGACAGUAAGAUUUCUAUUUUAUAGAAAGUAAAAUUAAAGAUUAUUCUAGAAGAAUCAGUGAUGAAAAUGCUGAAUAGUUAAGUUAGUAAGUUUAGAUAAAUUCAAAUGACGGAUCUAACUUAAUUUUAGAAAAAAAGAGUAAUUAAUCAUGA